UCAUCUCAUAACUCUCAAAUCCUUCUCCAGCUAUCAUAUUUUGCUACCUCAAAUCUCAAUAUAUAUAUAUAUAUAUAAAUGGCUUCAACCGUUUUCCUCAACUACCAACUGUCACAAAAUUUCAUAACACAAAAAACAAGCAAAACAAUUACACCAUGCCUGAAAACAAUACUACUUAUGCAUCAUCAUCAUCAGGCAAAGUUUCAACUGGCCGUCACCCGGUGUACCGAGGAGUGAGGCGUAGGAAUAACGGAAAAUGGGUAUCUGAAAUUCGUGAACCGAAAAAACCUAACAGAAUUUGGUUAGGGACAUUUCCAACACCUGAAAUGGCAGCUAUUGCAUAUGAUGUAGCUGCUCUUGCUCUUAAGGGUAAAAAUGCUGAAUUGAAUUUCCCUAAUUCUUCUUCUUCUUUUCCUGUUCCUGCUUCUUCUUCUGCCCGCGAUAUUCAAAUGGCGGCAGCUAGUGCUGCAGCUGCUCUAGGUGCAGCCAAUGAUGCACUCAUGAGUAACAAUAAUGAGGGAAAUAACCACAAUGUUUCAGUGGAACCACAAGAGUUUUUUUCAGGUGGCAAUGAGAACAGUUAUAAUGUUAAUGAGUUUGUUGAUGAGGAUUUGAUAUUUGAUAUGCCUAAUGUUUUGGUUAAUAUGGCUGAAGGAAUGCUACUUAGUCCUCCUCGUUUUGAUUUUGUUAGUAAUGACUAUGACCAUGCACCAGCUGAAAACAUGUCAUGUGAUGAUCAAAACCUUUGGAGUUAUCCUUAUUUUCCAUAAGAUAUGUAUAAUGCAUGAAUGAAUACUAAAAUAAUAAUAAUAAUGGAUCAAAAGGUAAGGUGUAAUAUAAUAUGGGAGAACGAACUCUCACAUCAAGGAUUUGCUUAGACAUGAGGAAAUGCAUUAAUUGAUGUGUGGGUGGAAGUGGAAGUGGAAGUGUGCCUUUCUUUGCUUUUUUUGUUCGUUUAUUCAACCUUAUGUACAUUAA